CAGUUGGGGCUUCCUCCUCUUCCCGUGGCCUUCCUUUCCUUCUUGGAGCUCUCACGUUAGGAUAGCAGGAGGGAAGGAAGAGCAUGCGGACGUAAAAUGCGUGGCAGAUUCCAGUAGCCGAAAAGUAUAAGCAACACCAUCAAUCAUCUUUUUUUCUCCUGCUUGUUACGUUCUUUCUGUUUGAUAUCGUCUGUCGUCGGAGUUUUGGAAAGGACCAGGGGAAGAGAGGGGAUCCUUUCUUUCACCUGCGUUUGUAGUUCUGCUUCUACAUAUCUGUUGUUGUUGGGGUUAGGUUUUGGAGGGGAGACAGAGACCUAAAAGAAAGCUACAUGUCGCCUUAGCUGUUCUGUCGAUCGCUUCUUGCACUCUGCCUGCUGUUCGUUGUCUCGAAUCCGUGUGUUGGGAAGAAAGAGAGAUCUGGCGACAGUCGGCUCCACCGCAUUGUCUUGGCGUAAUUCCUCAGCAACAGUUGCAGCAAAUCUCUGACGAUUAAUAGUUAGCAAGACAACGAGCUUCUACUUCAAGAAGAGGAAGAGAUCCGCCCUUUAAAUUGCCUCCAGAGCUACUGGUUGUUCCCCAAGUGCUGCUUUCUUUCCCAGCUUUCCUCUGUUUCUGGCUGGGGAGAGAUGGACAGGCUUCCUUCGACGGCCCGGCUCCCGGAGUCGUUCCAGGGGACGAGGGACGACAUCGGGGGACAGAUGGGGAUGGUGUGGCAGCAGAUCAAGGCGCCGGUGAUCGUGCCCCUUCUGCGGCUCGCUGUGUUCCUCUGCUUGGUGAUGUCCGUGAUGCUCGUCGUCGAGAAGGUGUACAUGGCCGUCGUCAUCGUUCUCGUCAAGCUCUUCAGCAGACGGCCCGAGAAGCGCUACAAGUGGGAGCCCAUGCGCGACGACCUGGAGCUCGGCAGCUCAGCCUACCCCAUGGUCCUCGUCCAAAUCCCCAUGUACAACGAAAAGGAGGUCUACCAGCUCUCCAUCGGAGCUGCAUGUGGCCUCUCUUGGCCAUCGGAUCGAAUCAUAAUCCAAGUGCUAGACGAUUCCACAGACCCAGUCAUUAAGGAUUUGGUGGAGUUGGAGUGCCAGCGGUGGGCGAGCAAGGGCGUGGACAUCAAGUACGAGAUCAGGGACAACCGGAGCGGCUACAAGGCCGGGGCGCUCAAGGAGGGCAUGAAGCGGAGCUACGUGAAGCACUGCGACUACGUCGUCAUCUUCGACGCUGACUUCCAGCCCGAGCCCGACUUCCUCUGGCGCGCCAUCCCCUUCCUCAUCCACAACCCCGACGUCGGCCUCGUCCAAGCCCGAUGGAAAUUUGUGAAUUCGGAUGAAUGCUUGAUGACGAGGAUGCAGGAGAUGUCACUUGAUUACCACUUCACAGUGGAGCAGGAAGUUGGAUCCUCCACAUACGCCUUUUUCGGCUUCAAUGGAACUGCCGGAGUGUGGCGGAUUGCCGCUCUCAACGAAGCUGGAGGUUGGAAGGACCGAACCACGGUAGAGGACAUGGAUUUGGCUGUUCGAGCAAGCCUCAAGGGCUGGAAGUUCGUGUUCCUUGGAGAUCUCAAGGUUAAGAAUGAGCUGCCGAGCACAUUCAAGGCAUACCGCUAUCAGCAACACAGGUGGUCUUGUGGCCCAGCAAACCUAUUCAGGAAAAUGGUGAUGGAAAUCAAGAACAACAAGAAAGUAGGUCUGUGGAAGAAGGUUCAUGUGAUCUACAGCUUCUUCUUCGUUCGGAAGGUGGUAGCUCACAUCGUGACCUUUGUAUUCUACUGCAUCGUUAUCCCUGCGACGGUGUUGGUUCCCGAGGUAGAGAUACCCAAGUGGGGUGCAGUCUACAUCCCUUCCAUCAUUACCCUUCUCAAUGCUGUCGGAACCCCACGGUAUGAAUCGAUCUGCUCGCGAGUUCUCCACCAUUUACCCUUCUCUAAAGCUGCUUCGUGCGGUGACAGGUCUCUUCACUUGCUUGUGUUUUGGAUCCUCUUCGAGAACGUCAUGUCUCUGCACAGGACGAAAGCAACCUUUAUUGGCUUGUUGGAAGCAGGGAGAGUGAACGAGUGGGUGGUCACCGAGAAGCUGGGGGAUACCAAGAAGCCCAAAAUGGCUGCCAAGGCGGCGAGGAAGCUACGAAUCAGGAUCGGUGACAGAUUGCAUCUGCUGGAGCUGUGGACGGGAGCUUACCUCUUCGUCUGUGGGUGUUACGAUGUGGCCUUCGGGAACAGCCAUUUCUUCAUAUACCUCUUCCUCCAAGCAAUGGCUUUCUUCAUCGUGGGUUUUGGUUACGUCGGCACAUUCGUUCCCAGCACCUGAGCAGCCGCAGUGUGCAUGUGUUGCCAAAGGCUUCGCACGACUUCAUCUUCUACCUCGAUCAGCUUCGUAAGUUAGAGCAGCCUCAGGUGUUCGUUGCAAUGCCGCUGCUUGAAAGAAACCAUUAUUUCUCAGCAGGGGGAGAACACUAGGAUGCUCGUGUGAAUAUACAGUCAAGCGAGUACCUGUGUGGUGGUCUAUAGAAACCUAAUAAAUACAGGAAGAUGAAAGAGGAAGAUGAACGGGUAGGGAGAAAACUGGGUAGUCUGAUGAGGAUUGUGUGCAUUCAGAAUAAGCCUUUUCUUCUAGAUGAAAUGGUGAUGGUUUGAUUUCUUUAGGAUGUAUUCCUUGUUUGAAAGGUUCUGAUUGAGAAUUAAAGGAAUAAGUUGAUAGAUUGAAGGUAA